AUUAAUAAUAAUCACCUCUCUCCUGAUUAUCCAAAAACACGCCCAAUCGGAUCCUAUUCAACCCGCCUCGACUCCCCCAAAAAGAAAAAAAAAAGAAGAAGAAAAGAUUCAAUCAAAACCGCGGCUUGAAAAUUCUCCGUCACACGAUCCUCUCUAGAUUCUCGGCGCCGUCAAAAAAAUGGCUCAGUCCACGGCGAGGAGCGGGCCGCGCGUUGUUGGCGACUACUUGGUGGGUCGGCAAAUCGGGUCGGGUUCGUUCUCUGUAGUCUCGGAAGCGAGGCACCGCGUUCACGGGACACACGUCGCCAUCAAGGAGAUCGCAAUGAGCAGGCUUAACAAGAAGCUGCAGGAGAGUCUCAUGUCUGAGAUUUUCAUCCUCAGGAGGAUCGAUCAUCCCAACAUCAUCCGUUUGCUUGAUAUGAUCGAGUCUCCUGGGAGGAUACAUUUGGUGUUGGAGUAUUGCAAAGGAGGUGACUUGUCUGUGUAUAUACAGAGUCAUGGGAGUGUUCCUGAAGCUACUGCUAAGCAUUUCAUGUUGCAGUUAGCUGCUGGAUUACAAGUUCUUCGUGACAAUAACAUUAUCCACCGCGAUUUAAAGCCUCAGAAUCUUCUUCUAUCCACAGAUGGAAACGAUGCAGAUCUGAAGAUUGCUGAUUUUGGAUUUGCAAGAUCGCUGCAGCCUAGAGGCCUUGCAGAAACAUUAUGCGGUUCACCAUUGUACAUGGCACCAGAAAUUAUGCAACUUCAGAAGUAUGAUGCGAAGGCAGAUCUCUGGAGUGUUGGUGCUAUCUUAUUUCAACUUGUGACAGGCAGAACCCCUUUUACAGGAAACAGCCAAAUUCAGUUGCUCCAAAACAUUUUGAGAUCAACUGGAUUACAAUUUCCAGCGGACUGUAGAGAUUUAAGUUUGGACUGUAUAGAUCUGUGUCAGAAGUUACUGCGCCGUGAUCCAGUGGAACGUUUGACAUUUGAAGAGUUCUUCAAUCAUCCGUUUCUUUCGGACAGGCAGUCUUCAUAUGAUUUCUCAAGUAGUAGAUUGGGUUCAAGGAGAAUGGACGGUUUCCUUUCUUCUGGAAGUAGUCCUUCGAGAAACAUGGAAGAAAGUUCUCAAGAAGACUGUCUUCCAUUCCUUAUAGAUGAUGAUUUCAGUGGACCUGAGGGGAGCCCUUCACAUUUGAGAAGGACCUCCUCGAUGAGGUCGUCCUCUGGAUUUAACACUGAUGCUAGAGUUGAGAGAAAGGAGAUGGAAUCUAGUCCUUUGAACUGUACAGAACCUACUUCCAGAGUUAGUAGAAUCAACCAGGGAGUGGAAAACAAUAGAUUUAGAAAUGAAACACACAUAGAUUCUGAUAGGAGAAACCAUGGUGAACCUCCUAAAGGAAGAGUAGAUGAUUCUCAAGACUCGAUGGAUCAAGACUUCGUUCUCGUAUCUGGACCACCAGUGGAUCUGCCAUCAUCUUCAUCGAGUUCUUCAAAGGCUUAUAAUUUCCCAUUCAAGUCUCAGUCUCCUCCUGUAGAGUUAUUUAACAGAAGCAUAAGUUCAACGGCUCCUAUGCCAAUAAUUGGUGCUACUGGCAACAACGUUGGCCGGUUUGGAAGCCUGGACAGUCAGAGCACUUCUCAUGGAUCUCUGGAUCUUGGAGAUGCUUUUGAACAGCCAUCAACUAACAGCUUGACAAGAAUCACUUCUCUUAAAAAAUGUGCAGCAACAAUUGCAGAACUAGUUCAUGAAAGGAUCAAAUCUGACAAAUACCUAGAAGCUUUCUCGAUCCAGCUGGCGAUUCUGGCAAUUUGGAAACAGGCACUGCACAUAUGCCAUACUCAGGCAAUCUCUGGUUUGGAAGGAAGCCCAGGCCAAGACAUUAACAAACUAAGAGGAAGUAGAAGCAGCAGCCUAAAAAACGAGCAUAUCACUGAUCUCAGCCAUGAUGGAUCGGAGGAAAUAUCCUCUCAGAUUCAGAGGCAGUUUAUCCGGGAGAUUGAGCUUGCUGAAGAACUUUCCAAGAAUAUCGAACCUGGAAAUGCAAUGAUGCCUGAUGCAAUGGAGACUAUCUUUGAAGCAGCCCUCGAUCUUGGCAAACUUGGUGGAGUUAAGGAGGUUAUGGGAGAGAUAGAGAAGGCUGGAAACCAAUAUUCAAAAGCGAUGCGUUUGCUGGUAUUCCUUCUAGUGGAAGCACCAAUGCUGAUUCUGAAUCCACCAUUGUCGCUCACAAACUCAGACAGGUACCGUCUCAGAACAUAUAUUGAUAUCCUCAGCAGAAGAUUGAAGCAUCUGCAGUCGCAUAGAAGAAGCUCAGGCUCUCAGAUGCAGGGAUCAUCAUCUGCCAUGAUGAACAAGCAACCAUAGAUCAGUUCUCACUCGGUUUGGCUUCUUUUUCUUCUGUUUUUUUUUUUUUCGUUUUUUUUAAAAGGAGAAAAAAAUGUAUGUGUAUGUACAUCAAAUCAAAAUCAUGUAUUCUUAUUCUUUUGGGGAUCUGGAGGGACUUUGGUGGAUAUGAUGUGUGGAGUUGUGAUGGAUGUUGUAACAUAUUCGUUGUUCUAUCUUUGUCUUUGAUCCUAAUAAUCCUUUGCUUA